AUCACAUGAGAUAUCCUUCUACUAUUCACAUCUAAUAUUUAAUGGGUCCCAUCAUUUUAAAAAAAAAAUUCCUCAACAAAUAAUUGUGUAUCAACGACUCUGUGUAACGGCUAAAAUGGAAGCUCAAACUCCAAAUCUCUAAAUUCCAACAAUUACACUCUGCACACCCACUGUCUUUCAGACACUUAAGAGAGAGGAGAGAGAAAACACAACAAUAAGGGGGGUAAAUCAGUCAUUUCACUUCUCAAACCCCCGCGAAAAAAAUGCACGGAGUUCGAGUAUACAACAAUUCCUCCGGCAAGUUUCUCGCCGGAAAACAGAUAUUUCCGGUAACUUCCGGCGAAGUAGAAGCCGCAUCACAGAAACUUAUCGACGCUUCUCUCGCCGGAGAUUCUAAACUCGCGGAUGAACUCCUCGCGCACCCUUUCGUCGACGUUGAUUUCGUUGGUACAGUCAAUUUGAGGUCUAUGAAAACUGAACUCGUUCCUAAUGGUGAGUCGACUCACCGAGUUGUGUCCGAGUUUGAAGAGUUUCGUACUGAUGUUACUGCCUUGUUUCUUGCUGCCCACUCUGGGAAUCUCAUCCUCGUCAGAAGGUUACUGAGUUUUAGGGCUGAUGUGAACAAGAAGCUCUUCCGUGGCUAUGCAACAACGGCAGCUGUACGAAGUGGCCAUGUUGAAAUCCUUGAAGAUUUAUUAAAAGUUGGGGUGUCUCAGCCAGCAUGUGAGGAGGCAUUAUUGGAGGCAUGCUACGUGGGGCGGCCAAGGCAUGCAGAGCUACUCUUAGGAUCUAACAUUAUCAGCGCACAAGUUGCUGUUCAUGCCCUUGUCACUGCUUGCUGCAGAGGCUUUCUUGAUGUUGUUCAGGUGUUGAUUAAGGGUGGGGUGGAUGCUAAUGCAAUGGAUCGCAUGUUGCUACUGUCAUCCAAGCCAUAUCUGCACUUGAAUGUUGACUGUAACGCAAUUGUUGGAGCCAUAGUUAGCAGACAAACUGCUGUUGUUGAAUUGCUGCUAAGGGAGGGUGUCCGGACAGAUAUUAAAGUCAAGUUAGGUGCAUGGUCAUGGGACCCAGCAACACGAGAGGAGUGUAGAGUAGGUGCCGGACUAGCUGAACCUUACAACAUCGCUUGGUGUGCAGUUGAGUACUUUGAAGAAACUGGUAGUAUCUUGCGCUUGCUCCUUCAACAUCUCUCUCCUAACACACCUCACCUUGGAAGGACCCUUAUCUACCAUGCUAUCAUAUGCAACAAUGCACAAGCGCUUGAUGUGCUGUUGAAUUGUGGUGCAGAUGUAGAAUUUCCUCUUAGAACAAGUCAGAAAACUGAAAUCCGUCCUAUACAUUUGGCUGCACGCCGUGGGGAAGUGGAAAUUCUUUGGCGCCUGAUAACUGCUGGUUGCAGUCUCAACUCCAAAACCAGUGAAGGAGAGACUGCAGUUAUGAUAUGCACUAGAUACAAGCACAAGGAGUGUCUUAAAGCGCUAGCCUCAGCAGGUGCUGAUUUUGGUCUGGUAAAUGUGGCUGGCGAAUCUGCCAGCGCCAUAGCAGGGUCCACUAUGUGGACAUUAGGAUUCCAGCAGAUAAUCCUCGAGGUGAUUAGAUCUGGGAAAGUAGUCAAAUCUAGUAACUCUGCUGUAUUUUCUUCAAUCCUGUUUGUGGUUCGAUCCAAUGAAAUUCAAGCACUGAAAAUCCUUACAAAACAACCAGGAGUUGCUCUUGAUGACCAGGAUGAAAAUGGGUUUACUGCAGCUAUGGUAGCUGCAGCAAGUGGUCAGGUGGAGGCUUUCCGUCUGCUGGUAUAUUCGGGAGCUGAUGUUUCAGUAAGCAAUAAGUAUGGAGAAACAGCUUUUACCUUGUCAGAAGCGAGCUGUAACCGAGAAGUUUUUGAGAAGAUAACGCUGGAUUAUGCCCUUGAAAACGGAAGUCAUAGGCCUGCUAGUUCCUAUGCUUUGCAUUGUGCAGCACGACAAGGGGACUUAGCUUCCGUUCGAAGGCUGACAAGCAUGGGGUACGAUGUUAAUGCUGUUGACGGUGAUGGGUACACCCCAUUGAUGUUAGCAGCUAAGGAAGGCUAUGGAAGCACUUGCCAAUUUCUGAUCUCUCGAGGUGCAAAAUGUGAGAUUGAGAAUGAAAGACACGAGACGGCACUUUCACUAUCAAGGAAGAAUGGCGUGGGGAAUGAAGCCGAGCAUGUGAUACUCGAUGAAUUGGCACGAAUUCUAGUUUUAUGUGGUACAAGGGUGAAGAAGCACACUAAGGAAGGCAAAGGAGCUCCACACUGGAAGAAACUGAAGAUGUUCAGGUCAACUGGGGUGCUGCACUGGGGUAAGUCUGGAAAGAGGAAUGUGAUUUGUCGGGCAGCUGACGUGGGUCCCAGUGCGACGUUUCUUGAAAACCGACCAAAGACAUGCCGCGAUAAGCAGUUGGGGAUGUUCCACGUAGUGACUACUAGAAACAGAGAAGUACAUUUUAUCUGUGACGGUGGAAUGGAGGUGGCCAAGUUGUGGGUAAGAGGGAUAAAACUAGUGACAAGAGAAGCCAUUUUCGGGAAGACGACACUCCGAGCUAUAUUCAAUCAGGAGUUUGGGAGUUAAUGGUAACGUUAAGGUAGAAAAGUUUCUAAGAAGAUAUCCUCAUUCUUAUGUAUUGCUAGCUGUGUUUCAUUGGGCCUUGUAAACUGAUGAUCUUUCUGUACCCUAAAGAAAAAGGGGCAAUAUUGAUCUUCAGUUGCACGGUUUGACAACUUGAUGUAGCUAGUGAAUGAAGAUAUGGUGAAACGAAAUGAUUAAAGCACAAGAAGGGUAUAUUGAGCAUGUUGGCAUCAAAUA